AUGAAGUCAAAUAUCAAAGCCGGUAACGAGGCCAACACGCUCGAGACAGACGUCAUCGACGUCGGCGCAGGGUUCGGCGGUUGUUAUUCUUUGCACAAGAUUCGAGAACCAGGAUUCUUUGCCAAGAUCCUUGGGCGCAGAGACGACUUCGGCGGUGUUUGGCAUUUCAAACGUUAUCCCAGAGCCAGGGUCGAUUUCGAUACGCCUGCCUACCAUUUCAGCUUGCCCAGAGUCUGGGCCGAUUUCCAUUUCACUAAGAUGUUUCCUGGUUACGAAGAAAUCCGCAAAUACUCUUACCACGUCGUUACAACACUGGGUGUCCGAGAAGACACGAUCUUCAACGCCCGAGUGGACGAGGUGAAGUAUGACCCCGAAAACAGACGCGGGCGCUUUCGGACGGCAAAAGGACUGUUUCUUGCCUCCAACUUUGGGGUUCGAAAAACACUAAGCUGCAUGACGGACUGCAAGAAUAUGGACAUCGUCCCUCCUUUGAAGCAGUUCAAAUGGUUUGGACUGGCAUAUGUUAACCUUGAGAAGACGCCGAUCGACGCCUUUGAUGAACAGGGAAUUCUCACCGGCUCACUAGAAGCCGCCACGCACCACGACUUGGAUGCCGUCAUUAUGGCCGCUGGGUACGACUGCGUCACGAUAAGCCUGCUAGACAUGAACAUUCAUGACAAGAACGGCAAUCCAUUGAGUGAUCUUUGCAAGAGCGGCAUCAGAACCUACUUUGGAGACAUGAUUCCCAACAUGCCCAAUGCAUUUAUGCUGUACGGGUCGCAAGGGCCGACACCGCAAACUAAUGCAUCGCCCUUCAUUGAGCUUCAGGUCGACUGGGCGGUAAGCUGA